AUGCCGACGACGACGAUCUCGGCGCCCGCGCGAGCGGUGCGCGCGAACCGCGCGCGAGGCGCCGUGCGCGCGCGCUCGACGGUGUACGCGUACGAAACGAUCGCGCUCGGACGCACGCUCACCGGGACGCACUUCAUCGACUUGACGGAACACAUCGACGCCGCGGUGGCGAAGAGCGGCGUGAAGAACGGCGUGGUGCACGUGCUGAGUCGACACACGACGACGGCGGUGACGAUAAACGAAAACGAGGCGCGAUUGAUGGACGACGCGAGGAUGUACUUUGCGAAGCUGGCGCCGGCGACGGAUUUCUAUCUGCACAACGACUUGGACAGACGAAGCGGACCGGCGGAUUGGCCGGGCGGCGACGAGGCGUGGCGCGCGCAAGAACCCGAGAACUGUCACGCGCACUUGUUGAGCAUGGUGAUCGGGAACAGCGAGACGAUUCCAGUGAGCGAGGGGAAGACGACGCUGGGGACGUGGCAGAGUUGCAUGUUCGUCGAAUUAGACGGACCGCGCGAACGCACGGUGGGGAUUCAAGUCGUCGGCGAGCGAUAG